ACGGAGUAGAGAUGGUAAUAAUUAUUGUCAUCAAUUCGUGCAAUCCAAAUUGAUAAACACCCAACCGUUGCCGGCCUUCGGCAUCCGAACCCCGGCCUCAAGAUAUACAUGAAUGGUUGCCCGCCAGGACCUACAGAAGAGUUCAAGUAACUCAAAUUACCUCUAUUGUCAGAUAUGGCUCCCUCAACUAUGAAGCAGUGGUUUAUUAAGGGGCAGGAGAAAGGGUUCGAAGGGUUAGAGUUCCUUGAAGUGCCUGUCCCAAAAGUCGGAGAGAACGAGGUCCUCGUGAAACUGCAUGCUGCAUCUCUGAAUUAUCGAGAUGUAGCCAUAGCGAAGAACGAAUACCCCAGCCCAUUACGAUUUCCAUUCUGUCCUGGUUCGGACGGCGCAGGUGAAGUCAUAGAGAUUGGCUCUAAAGUGACCAAAUUUCGAAUAGGCGACAAAGUAGCAACGCUUUUUCAUCAAGGCCAUCUUUAUGGAGAUAUUGACUCUUCCAUCAUCCCAACAUCGCUGGGUGGUUUCCUUGACGGAACGCUUAGACAAUUCGGCGUCUAUAACGAAAAUGGGUUAGUUAAAACUCCCAAUAAUCUCGAUCUGAACGAGUCAAGUACUUUAUCAUGUGCUGCCUUGACUGCAUGGAAUGCAUUGUACGGAUUGAAGCCAUUGAAGCCAGGCGAUUCUGUUCUCAUUCAGGGUACAGGCGGAGUUAGUAUCUUUGCACUUCAGUUUGCAAAGGCUGCGGGAGCUACAAUUAUAGCUACCACGUCUACGAAGGAGAAGGAGGAGGCACUGAAAAAGCUAGGGGCCCAUCAUACAAUCAAUUAUAAAGAAGACGCCAACUGGGGCAAGACCGCCAAGAGCCUAACGAGCGGACAGAGCGGCGUCGACUUUGUGAUUGAUGUUGCAGGCAGCGAAUCUCUUCACCAUAGUAUUGAUGCAAUCAGGGUUGGAGGCAUCAUUAACCUGAUCGGCUUCCUCAGUGGCAAAAAGCCUCAACUUACGAUGGAGCUCUUAUUCCGCGGCUGCACAGCACGCGGCGUUCACGUGGGCUCGAGACAACAAAUGGAGGAGAUGGUAAAGGCUAUCGAAGCCAAUGAUAUUCAUCCCGUGAUUGAUGAUAAAGUCUUCAAUCUUGAAAGUGCUAGAGAAGCAUAUGACUACGUGUGGAACCAUAGGCAGUUUGGCAAGGUGGUUAUCAAGAUAUCCGAAUAAUUUACUUAUCCGAAUAUGAUGAAGCGACUGUUUGUCAGGAUACAGGGAUUAGUGUUGGUGAGAUGACGGGAAUGGUGCUCGGGAGGAAGCAUACUACAUGUUGCUUUGCGUGUGAUAUAUCAUAUGGAAAAGGGGAUCCAACAACGCUGCUAUAUACGUAAGAUACCUUACUAGGUUAAGGUCUAGUAUUUUUCCAUAGUAACACGUAGUCAUUUAGUAUUCAAAUAGGAAUAGAAUAAGCAUAUAGCAGA